UUGAUCGCCUCUUUCUGGGUCUUUAUUAUAAUUGCUGUACUCACAGCCGUUGGCCUUCUUACAAGACUUUCCUUGUGUAAAUCUGUGGUUAUUAACAGCUAUUUCUGUGACCACGGCCAGAUAUAUCGAUUGGCCUGCAAUGAUUAUUUCCCCAACUAUGUCAUUGGUGUUUUGUUAAUAUUUCUUAUUAUUUGGCUUCCACUGACAUUCAUCGUGUUUAGUUAUUCAUAUAUUGGCUAUGCAUUGUCUAAAGUGGCCACAGCUCAGGAGAGACUCAAGGCCUUUAAAACCUGCACAGCUCAUCUUUCAUUGGUGGCACUCUUUUUCAUACCUUUAUUAAUCACAUUUACCAUUGGUUCCAAAAUACAUCCAAAUGCCAGGAUCAUUAACCUGUCUCUGACCUCUGUCUUUCCUCCCAUGUUGAACCCAAUCAUUUAUGUUCUGCAGACACAAGAAAUCAAAGAAUCUUUAAAAAAAGGCAUAUUAAAAAUCAGAAGGAAAUCGAAAGUUACAGUGAAGAAAGCGGUCAUAAAAUGA